AUGCUGUGCCGCCUGGAGGAGCACCCGGCACUGCCGGUUGCCAGCGGCGCCGAAGCCGCGCCAGACCAACUGUACGAGGAGGAGCUGCAUCAGCGCGGCCCGCUGACGCCCCAGCAAGGCAGCCCGGCAGCCAGGGCCGGCCCGUCGCCAAGUGCCACCCGGGUGGAGCUGCCGUGCGGGAGCACCAUCUGCCUGCCCCUCGACCACGAUGGCUCUGCGCCUCGGGUGGUGCACCACGCGUGCAAGCUGCUGCUGAGGAGCCCGCAAGACCAAGUCGUGCUGCUGCAUGUGGCGCAGAAGGGGCACCCGCAGGGCAGCGGCACGCUGAGCCAGCGCAUCAGCGGCACCAGCAGCGCCGGCACGCUGAGCCUUGGCGACUCAGAGCACCACGUCACAGCCCCAGCAGGAAGCUGGGCGACGCCGGUGGCAGCACCACCCGCGCCGCCGGAAGCAGGCGGGGAGCCUGGAAGCCGCCUGGCGAGCAGCUCUGGCCUGGGAGGGUUGGGCAGCCCAGCUGGCGGCAGCCUGGAUGCUGGCAGCCAGUGGGGCAGCGGCGGCAGCUUCUCACAGCUGCGUUCCCCCCGCCACCACCAGCGCGACGAGGGCUGUACUGAGCUGCUGGAGCGAUGCCGGCAGCAGCUGCUGGCAGAAAGCAAGAGGGUGCACCCGAGCAACGUCAGCCUGCAGCUGAUGCUUGCGAGGCGGAGCCCGGAGAAGGCCAUCCUGGCGAUAGAAGUGGACGCCGUCCUCAGCGCAGCGGGCAUCUCCGAUGAUCGCGAAGGCAUGGCAGCCAUCGCCCGCGCCUCCAACGCCAAACUGGCUGCCAGCCACGACCGCUUGGCCGCGCACAGUCGAGGCGAUGGUGGCAUGGCUGAACAGGCAGCGCAGCACGAGCCCCAGGGCCUGCAGUCCGGCACCAGCCUGGCACCCCACAGCGUGCAGCAGCUGUGCCGCCGCUCCGGGCCGCGUCGGUGCCUGGGAGCAAGCACCGGCGGCAGCAGCGACGGCGGCAGCCCGCCCGAGCCACCCAUGGCAGGCGAGCCUGAGCCUGGCGGCGGCACAGGCGUGCCGCUGGCGCAGCGGGCAGCCACACUGGUCGCGACUCUGGCGCAUUCGCUGGCAGCAGCCAUCGACAUGGCCCCGGCAGUGCUGCCAUGGGUGCUGCCAUGGGUGCUUGCCAUCUAUGUGUGGCAGGCACUAGCAGGGCCACUUGCAGCCAAGCCGGCAGUGCUGCUGGGUGCGGCAGUCGUGCUGCUGGGUGCGCUGCUGCUGGCAGCAAUGUUGUGGAUAAUGUGGGCAACAUUCGGAGUGCUGCAGCGCAGCCUGACGUUUGACGCAGCAUUCGCUGCGCAGGUGGCUGCGCUGCAGGCCUCCUCGCCCCUGGAAGCUGCAAGGGAAGCCGUUGCAGAGCAGGUUUACUCUAGGCAAACACGCUUCCGGCAGGAGGCGUGGGAGGCCUGGUCAGCCAAGUUCAAGUACUCCAAGCUAGUUGGAGAUUUAACUGACAGGGGCGGCAGCGGCGGCAGCGGCACCGCCACUUGGCGCAGCUAG